CCAACACGGGUUCGUGCUAGGCCCAAAUGCCCGAACAGACCCAAUCUACUCCACUCGUUUGCCGGGCGUUUCUUCUUUCUGCCACAAAAAUCCUCGCGCAAGUGAUUAAAACCUGAUUACUCCCUGACGGAGAUUAGGGUUUACCGUCUUAAUCUCUCAUUUUGCUGUAUUGCGCCAUCCACUACCUUAGAAUUGUUGCAAAAUUUCAUGAAGCCUAAUAUUUGACAAAAGGAGGAAUGGUAGAUGUUUGGGCAUGGCUGCUUUUCUUCUUCACGCUUAUUGCUUUGCUCAUUAUACUUGUUUACCAGCUUAUUUGCUUGGCAGAUCUAGAGUUCGAUUAUAUCAACCCUUAUGACUCUGCAUCUAAGAUAAACAGAGUGGUUUUACCAGAGUUCAUCACGCAAGGGGUUCUAUGCUUUCUCUUCCUUGUGACAGGGCACUGGGUUAUGUCACUUCUCAGUGUUCCUUACCUGUACUACAACGUGAGAUUGUAUACGCGAAGACAACAUCUUGUUGAUGUAACCGAGAUAUUUAACUUGCUUAACUGGGAAAAGAAGCAGCGGCUUUUCAAACUGGGCUACGUGAUACUUUUUCUCUUCAUGUGCUUGUUUUGGAUGAUUUACAAUGCACUAGAAGAAGAUGAUCAUUCACUAUAGAUGGUCAUCGGUGAAACAUUACCAAGUCGGAUGCUGUAACGUAUUUAAGAAUAGCAGCGUUUACUGGCUUGUUUGCGCAUAUUUUUCUCUUGUAAUAAUUGUAAAUCUUUCAUUUGUUAUAGCAAGAUAAAUUAUUUGAAUGUCUUUUUCCAUUCAAAAGGUUUCUGUUUGUAUUGAUCUUUGAGACCCAAAUUUUCUCCAUUAUAAGUUUGGAUUCAGUAAUUGUGUCAAAAAGCUAUGAAGCCACGCCAGAUCCAUAACCUGCUUUUCUUCUAUUUUCUUGCGGUUUAUUUGUAGCAAUUUGUUUUGAUUUAUAACAACUUUGGGAUAA